AUGCCUGGACGCGAAGCUUCUCCGGCCAUGUCGGAGAACGAAUUCGAUAUUACAAGUGCACUAUUUCAAAAUGACAACGAUUCCGACUCCGAUGCGGGCAUUCCGAAGCCCAAGAAGAAGAAGCCAGCGCCGACAGGGGAUCUCGAUUUCCUCGGUGCCGAGGACGAUGGUGAUGAGGCUUUCAUUGCCUCAAAGCAAGCCUCUGCGAACCGCAAAGGAUCCAAUCUUAAAGGUCGGACCGUCAAGAAAGGUGGUGGCUUUCAAGCAAUGGGCCUGAAUAGCAAGCUGCUCAAGGCCAUCACCCGCAAAGGAUUUUCUGUCCCAACUCCGAUUCAGCGCAAGACUAUCCCCGUGAUCAUGGAGGACCAGGAUGUGGUUGGUAUGGCUCGUACUGGUUCCGGAAAGACGGCUGCCUUUGUCAUUCCCAUGAUUGAGAAACUGAAGGCCCACAGCACGAAGUUUGGAGCCCGCGGACUGAUUCUGUCGCCAUCUCGUGAGUUGGCCCUGCAGACAUUGAAGGUGGUGAAGGAGAUGGGACGUGGAACAGACUUAAGAUCCGUAUUGCUGGUUGGUGGUGAUAGUAUGGAGGAACAGUUCGGACUGAUGGCUGGCAACCCCGAUAUCGUCAUCGCAACACCCGGUCGAUUCUUGCAUCUUCAGGUGGAGAUGAAUUUGGACCUCUCGAGUAUCCGCUAUGUGGUCUUUGACGAGGCUGAUCGACUUUUCGAGAUGGGUUUCGCUGCCCAAUUAACCGAGAUUUUGCACGGCCUGCCCUCAACCCGACAGACUCUUCUUUUCUCCGCCACACUGCCCAAGUCCCUUGUGGAAUUCGCACGUGCUGGUCUCCAAGAGCCAACCCUGGUUCGUUUGGAUACUGAAGGUAAAAUCUCUCCAGAUCUACAGAAUGCCUUUUUCUCUGUCAAGUCAUCGGAUAAAGAAGGAGCAUUAUUGCAUAUUCUGCACGAUAUCAUUAAGAUGCCUACUGGCGAUACCGAGGUCACCAAGCGAUUCAAAGAGGAAGGCCCGCCGUCGAAGUUUUCGAACAAGCGAAAGAGAGAUGAUGGAAAACGACCGCACAAGGAAUCGCCGACCGAACACUCCACCAUCAUUUUCGCUGCUACGAAGCAUCACGUCGACUACCUCUACUCACUUCUUUGUGAAGCCGGUUUUGCUACCUCAUACGCCUAUGGUUCAUUGGAUCAGCUUGCCCGCAAGAUCCAGGUUCUAAAUUUCCGCAAGGGCAUUUCCAACAUCUUAGUUGUCACCGAUGUUGCUGCCCGUGGUAUCGAUAUCCCGGUUCUCGCCAAUGUCAUUAACUACGAUUUCCCCUCGCAGCCUAAGAUUUUUGUCCACCGCGUUGGUCGUACCGCGCGUGCCGGUCAAAAGGGAUGGAGUUUCAGUCUUGUCCGGGAUUCCGAUGCGCCCUACAUGUUGGAUCUUCAACUUUUCCUUGGACGACCGCUCGUGCUAGGCCGUAACUCCGGGUCAGUCAAUUACGCCGAUGAUGUUGUUGUUGGAUCGCUCCCCAGAGACGCACUUUCUCGCAAUUGCGAGUGGGUCAACAAGGUUUUGUCGGAGAUGCACGAUAUUCAAUUGCAGCGCCAGGUGGCAACGCGUGGUGAGAAACUCUACAUGCGUACCCGAAAUGCUGCAUCACUCGAGAGCGCGAAGCGAGCCAAGCAGGUCACAGCAACGGAAGAGUGGUCUACCAUUCAUCCGCUCUUCAAUGACCAGACCAGUGACCUGGAAGCCGAGCGGGAGAAGCUCUUGGCCAAAAUUGGUGGUUUCCGGCCUAAUGAGACUAUCUUCGAGGUUCAGAACCGACGUGGUGGCAAGACCGAGGAGAACCCAGCAAUGGAAACGAUCAAGCGUCUCCGCACAACGGUGGACAAGAAGAAGGCGCGCGCCCAGGCCAAGGAGCAAUCAGACUUGAAUGAACUUGGCCUUGGGGCAGACCAGGAGAUGGAAUCCGCCGACGAGGAUGUUCCCGAGGUCGCUGGCGACAACAUGUCCGAGGCAGACGAGUCUGAUUUGGAGGUCACUUUCUCCGCCUACUCUCAACCCAAGAACAAAAACUCCGACAAAUCCCAUGAAAAGCUGGCGACUUCGUUCCAGAAUCCUGACUACUUCAUGGGUUACACGCCCAACCACACCGACAUGGCAGAGGAUCGGGCCUACGGUGUUCACUCCGGUACGAAUCAGAACUUUACCCAGGCCUCCCGCAGUGCGACCAUGGACCUCAACGGCGACGAAGGUGCGCGCGGCUUGGGCGAGAACCGGUCGACCAUGCGCUGGGACAAGCGACACAAAAAGUACGUGGCUCGGCAGAACGACGAGGAUGGAUCCAAGGGCACGAAGCUGGUGCGCGGAGAAAGUGGAGCCAAGAUCGCGGCCAGUUUCCGCAGUGGUCGAUUCCAGAACUGGAAGAAGGGCAAGCGGAUGGGCAACAUGCCUCGAGUGGGCGAAGCCGAGACUCCUGGACUUGGAAAUGUCUUCAAUGGACCUGCUGGCCGCGGGGGUGGUGGCGGAGGUGCUCGUGGUGGUGGUCGAUUCCGACACACGCAGCAACGGGCGCCCAAGCGCGCUGAUCCUCUCCGUGGCGACUACGAUAAGAUGAAGAAGAAGAACGAGGCAGCCCGCGAGAGACAAGGAGCGGGAGCGGGUGGCAAGAGUGAGAUUCGCUCGACCGAUGAUAUCCGCAAGGCACGCAAUCUGCAACAGAAGCGUCGUGACAAGAAUGGACGGCCGUCGAAGAAGAAGCGGUGA